AUGUCGACCACCGACUCCAAGGAAAUCUUCCCCUUUUUCGACCUCCCUCAAGAGAUGCGAGACCUCAUCUACGGCCUCCUCACCAAGACCGGCCCCGUCUUCGCUAUGAUCAAGCCCCCAUCUGCCAGCGAAUCCACGAUCAUGACCUUUCAAAACAUAUGGCUUACGCCACUGCUUCUCGUCAACAAGCAGUUCAACGAGGAGUACUUCGACCAGGUGUGCGGCCAUCGACUUCUUUGCACCACGACACUAGGCAGCAAGAGCAACUUCGCCGUCAAAGCGCCAGGUCUCGAUCUCCCAGAGAACCCUGGAUCAGCCAUCAAAGCACUCGCCAAGGCACGCGUCUUGAUUACCAUCGACGAUAUGUCCCACAAGGAGCUUUUAGCCACCUUCGCCAACCCCCUCCCGGGCAUCCUCCCACGUCUCCUCGCCAUGAUGCCCCAACUUAAGACCUACCUCCAGCGCCUGCACAUCUACGGCCCAACCCUCUCCGACUCCCUCUCCCACGGCGACGACACCUACCUCCGCGCAGUCUACCACCACUGCCCGACCGCGAAGAAGAAGGAGCGGGAAUUCCAAGCCCGUCUCGCCGAGCUCGGCCUCGCGAACACGAUCGCGUACACUCCAGAGGUGGUCGUGAGCAGCAUGUUGUCCAGCGAUAUUGUGACGCGGCGCUGCGGGUCCGGGGCGUAUGUUGUGUUUAGUGCGGUUCCGGGGAUUGGUGGGUGUGGCAUCGGGGAUGAGAGGCUGUGGUGUGGGUUGCACUUGGAUCCGCUUCUGGUGGUAGAUGAGGAGGGUCAGGUUUGGUAG